AUGGUGAAAAAAGGUAUUGUUCUAGGACACAAGGUAUCGCAACAAUGGCUAGGAGUUGAUAAGGGAAAAAUUGAGGUAAUUGAGAAAGUGCCCUCUCCAAUUUCAAUAAAGGGUAUUCGCAGCUUCUUGGGGCAUACAGGAAGGGAAGAUGCCGAGCGUGAGGUCAACAUAGACGACUCCUUCCCCGACGAACAAGUGUUUGCUAUAUCUCUCAAACCUACACCAUGGUAUGCAGAUUUUGCAAAUUUCAUUGUGAGUGGAUUGAUGCCGGAUGAGCUGACCUUUUACCAACAAAAGAGAUUCAUGUUCGACGUUAAAAAGUACUUUUGGGAUGAACCAUAUUUGUUUCGAGAAUGUAUUGACCAUGUUACUAUGAGGUGUGUUCCGGAAGAAGAAGCGGUAGAAAUUCUCCAUGCUUGCCAUGCAUCUCCAGUGGGAGGUCACCUUAGUGGUAUUCGUAGUGCCGCUAAAAUUCUCCAAAGUGGUUAUUACUGGCCGUCCUUAUACAAGGAUGCACAUGAAUUUACGAAGAAAUGCUCUCAAUAUUAUAUUUCCAAAUGGAUGGAAGCCAUCACUCUUCCAAACAAUGAAGGAAAAAAUGUUGUCCAAUUUCUGAAACGCUAUAUCUUCACAAGAUUUGGCACUCCUAGGGAAAUCAUUAGAGAUGGGGUGUCCCAUUUUUGCAAUAGAUGGUUUUCAAUGGCACUAAGCAAAUAUGGGGUGAAACACAAGAUGUCAACCCCAUAUCAUCCCCAAAUAAGUGGCCAAGUCGAAGUGUCAAAUCGGGAAAUCAGAAGCAUCCUGGCAAAGACAGUAAAUGCCAACAGAACUGACUGGUCUAGGAAACUCGAUGAUGCACUAUGGUUAGAACACAAAGCAUUGUGGGCAUUGAAAGCUUUAAAUUUGUACUGGUCAAAAACUUCAAGGGAGAGGGUAGAGCAGUUGAACAAACUGGAUGAAUUUAGACUAAGAUCGUAUAAAAGUUCAGCCAUCUACAAAGAGAAGUUGACGAAAUGGCAUGAUGCUCGGAUACUCAAGCGGGAUUUCAAGUGUUUCAAUCUUCUCUUUGUCGACACCAAUGACAUGACUAAAUCAAAUGCUGUGGAGAGAAUAAAACCUGCCCAAGAGAAGUCAAAAGGGAGUGCGAUAAAUGAGGAGACAACUACGUCGAAAGGCAAAGCUACGAAACUGACCACAACUACUGGGAAAGGCAAGGGCAAAAGGCACACUUCUGCCAGCAAGACCAUUACCCUGGACCCUAAUAUUCCAUCAUAG